AUGGUUCAACGCCGCAAGGAGAUGAACAUUCGGUAUAAAAUCGGCGGGACCAAUGCGGACCUGGCCUACGGACUUGAGAACCUCUGGUUCAACGCGGACUUGGAGCCCCAGUCCUUGUGGGUUAAUCUGGGGUUCUGGAAGAACGCAACCCAUCCCUCCGAGGCUUGCGCAGACCUGUUCAGAGAGCUUCUAGCCACGGCUGGGAUCUCCGCUCAACAGCAGUUUUCGAUGGUGGAGGUCGGGUGCGGGUGUGCUGAGACCGCCCGCUUGUUGUUGAAGGAGUAUCAGGACAAAUGCACCCACUGGGUUGGCCUCACGCUCAGCUCUAUCCAGGCGAAGAUGGCAGAAUCCCGCUUGAGAGAAGAUGAAAAAUUGUUCCACGGGAAGAACAAGACCCAAUGCCAGAUUUUCCAGGCCGAUGCCGCGCAGCCGAAUACCUGGGACGCCGAAAUCAGUGGCGCAGUCCGCUCAUUGCCCAACCCGUGGCUUGUAUCUCUAGAUGCCCUGAUUGAUUUCCGUCCCUCGAGAAAGCCUAUUCUCUCAUUUGCUCGACAGGAGCUGGGAGCCUCGGUUGCGUUCACGGAACACCUCAAAAAGGAGAAUAUGUCGACGCUUGAUACCCUUAAAACAUGGGCUUCCUUCCGUCUGCUCGACACGUCCUGGGACCGCGUGUUAACCAGGCAGAAUUGCAUUGAGACACUUGUGGAGUGUGGUUACAAGCGGGAGAAUAUCUCCAUCGUCCCGUAUUCAGAGCAUGCGUACGCCCAGUAUAGCCGCUUUAUCAGCCAGCAGGGACGCAGGUGGCAGGAGAUGGGGGGCAGCAAGUGGGAUUAUAUGGACUUUUCGAUAGCAGGAUUUGUUACCAACUGGUGGGCACGUACUGGGCUGGUCGAGGCAUGUAUCAUUGUCGCGCGGGCUUGA